AUGGCGCUAGUGGACUUGGAAGGCUUGAGAGAACUACAAGAAUCUGCAAACUAUCUUCUCGAUCACUGUCCAGAAGCAAGAGAGUCUCUGUUUCGGCAAGGGAAAGAGAAAUGGAUCGAGCAAGUCUCUGACGCUUCACUGAUAAUGUUAGAUGUAUGUAACGUGUCAAAAGACGUCAUGACGCUUGUGAGACAUAGCCUUCGAGAUCUUCAGCUGACUCUGCGCUGUAACGGAGCAAACCUCAGUGAGAAGAUCGCAGCUUAUAAUCGGUACAGGAACAAGCUCAAGAAGGAAACGCUCAAGUGUUUGAAUCGUCUAAAGAGUAUUGAAGGAGGAGGAGGAAGAGGGACGAUGGAGAUGCAGAGCAUAGAGCAGAACCUUGUGUUUGUCACCGAGGUUUUGCAGGAAGUGAGAAGAGCCAUUGUGACUAUGGUCGAGUCUCUGUUCUCGCUCGUGUGUGUUCCUUGUCUCGAAAAAAAACCAAGCAAAGGGUCGUUGUCUUCGAUAUUUACGAUGCAGCUAUGCUGCUUUGAUGAUGAUGUAUGGGACGAAGUCAGGCUGCAGACCGCGGGUACAAGGUUGCAGGCUGCACAAAUCGCUGUUGAGGAGCUUGAGAUCGAGUUGGGAUGUAUUUUCCGGCGACUUAUUCAGACCAGAGUUUCACUUCUUAAUAUUCUUACAGCUAAGACAUCUCCGGUUUGA